GGCGGGCAGCGUCUGGACGGGCCUCUCUCUGUCAGCUUUGUGCUCAUCACUCAAAACCUUACUUAUUUUACAAAUAUCAUGUUUGGUGUCAAAACAUGCUGGAGUAUCACAGUAUAUGCUGAGAGCUUUAUUAAACUCACCCCUGGUGAAGUGAUGGAUGAGUUCAGAAAUGGAAUGUCCCCUUGAAUCUCCAUUGCUGUCCCAAGCAUCUUCAGUCCCUGCUGCUUUCUCUGCAUCCACUUCAUCCAGUGGCCACGCCCCUUUAACCAUGACCCCGCCCCCACACAUUGCUUCUCAGACAGGGCGAUCCCAGCUAAAUGCAGCCAGCAAUAUUCACAGUGGCUUCACAGGACAGUCAUCUUUUCCUCUUCAAGGGGAAACCCCAGAGGAGCUGAGCAUUGAUGAGCUUAAACAGAGGGCUAAAAAUGGAGAUGCCAAGGCACAGACGGAGAUUGGUAGGUAUUACCUGAGAGUAGCAGAACAAGAAGAUGAAGAGAUGAACGGUGUUACCGCAGUAACAUGGCUGCUUCAGGCAGCCAAAAAUGGCCGUAAAGAUGCAGUGAAACUUCUGCAGCGGUGCCUGCAUGAGAAGAGGGGCAUCACAGCUGAAAACAGGGAUGAAGUGCGCUCCCUGGCAUGCGAGUCUCGCUUUGAGCGCAGUGUCAGGAGAGCAGCUCUGCUCAUGUACUGGAAACUUAAUCCAGAAAGAAAGAGAAAGAUAACUCCCUCUGAACUUCUAGAAAACAUGAGCCAACUCAACGAUGAGACUGAUGGCGCUUCAAGCAGCCCUCUCUCAAGCCCAUUACAAAAACAAAGAAAGGUUUUGGAGAGUCUGGUCUCAAAAGAUGGGGUUGAUUAUGUGGGUGUAGAAGAGUUUGUUGAGAACACUAAGCAAUAUGCUCAGGGAAUCUCACCAACACCUGUCAUGGAAGGGGUGGCAGGUGAUGAUGACGAUGAUGAUGAAGAGCCAAUAAAAAACCCAAAUGAACUGCCUUUGCAUCAAAAGGUGUUGAAGUUUCCCCUUCAUGCAGUGCUGGAGGUGAAAGAGGUCUUGAUUGACUGGGCGUCGCGUGCGGGCAUGCAAUGGAUUAGCGCCCUCAUCCCCACUCAUCACGUCAACACCCUGAUCUUUUUCUUCAUCAUCUCCAACCUCACCAUGGAGUUCUUCGUCCUUGUCAUACCUCUCAUCAUAUUCUACCUCUCCUUUGUCUCAAUGGUAAUCUGUACGCUCAGAGUCUUCCAAAACAGCAAGGCAUGGGAGAACUUCCGAGCAUUAACUGCAAUGUUGGCUCAUUUUGAGCCAGGGAUAGACCUCGAACAGGCAGAGUCCAACUUCACAUGGAACCACUUAGAGCCAUAUCUUUACUUCCUCCUCUCUGCACUAUUCCUCAUCGUGUCGUUUCCUUUAGCGGAUAAGUCCUGGCUGCCAUGUUCUGAACUGGCCACAGUUGCAGUCUUCUUCACUGUAAGCAGCUACUUAAGUCUAAGACCAGCAGCACAGCAGCAUGCCAAACUUGCUUUGUUGUCUCAGGUUGCAUCCGCCCUUUGCACCUUCAUCAGUUUGCUGGUGGGAGGCUGGUUGGGCCGUAUAGUUGGUGGUGCUUGGUUAACCAUACGCCUGGGUGACUUCUUUGUACUGCACUUGGGAGUGCCUUGCAUUUUGUAUCUCUACCUCCUGUACCUCUGUACCAAUAUGGCCACAGCAGGUGGGGUUCGUGGCUCCUACUGUGUUUUGCUGCCCUACCUAGUGUGCUUCAUCUGGUGUGAGCUGUCUGUCACACUAUUGCAAGAGUCCACAGCUUUGGGACUGAUGCGCACAGCUGUGGGAUACCUCCUUUUCUUUUUUGCCUUGCCAGUGCUGUCACUGGGUCUAGCAGCCGUACUGCUAGUGCAGCUUGUGCAAUGGUUCCUCGCCCUGGAACUGACAAAAAUGGUCGUAACUGUGUGUGUUUGUGUGCUGCCUGUCCUGCUGCGAUGGUGGACGUGUUUUAGCUUGUCGCCUCUGGCAGUGUUGCGCUCAUUGCGGAGUAGCAGCGUGGUCAAGUUGAUCCUUGUGUGGAUCUCAGCUCUGGUGCUCUUUAGCUGGUUCUACGUGUACCGUUCAGAGGGAAUGAAGGUUUACAACUCCACUCUGACGUGGCAGCAGUACAGUGACAUGUGCGGCCCACGUGCAUGGAAAGAGCGCAACAUGGCUCACGCCCAGAUCCUUUGCAGCCACCUGGAGGGCCACCGUGUUACAUGGGAAGGCCGGUUUAAGUACAUUCGGGUCACUGAGAUUGAGAACGGCGCGCAGGCUGUCAUCAACCUCCUGCCGGGAUUUAUAGCGGAUUGGGUCCGCUGUCUUUAUGGGGAGGAGUACCCUGCCUGCGACACAACUGAGUUGGGGCCCACUGAACCACUAUGUCAGCUCAAGAGCCUUGCAAAGCACAAGUGCCAUAUCAAACGUUUCGACCACUACAAGUUUGAAGUGACUUUGGGGAUGCCGCAAGAGAAAAAGGGACACAAUGAUAUUGAAGAUGCAACCAAAGACAUUGUGCUGAGGGCUAGUCACGAAUUUCGACGUGUUUUACUGGCGCUCAGUUCAGGGAGUGUUGUGGAGUUCAGUACGGUACUCGAAGGCAGACUGGGCAGCAAAUGGCCAGUGUUUGAGCUCAAAGCACUGCAUUGCAAGACCUGUGCUUCGCCGCUCGUACCAAUACAACGGCAGGUCAAGAUAGAGCACGACUGGACGGUUAAUGCUAGAAAUGCCAUUGCGUUUGCCUUCAAUUUCCUGUUCCACCCCCUGCUCUCGAUUGAGGUGGAGGGAGAGUCUACAGAAGCUUCUACAGAAGUGUCUGUAUGAAACUGGUUUUCUGAUGAACCGAGGACUUUGGAAUACUCUGCAGUAUUAAACAGGAAUUUGAAGUGCAGGGAGACAAAGAGAGGGCAAAUGUACUUGUUUUUGUUUGAUGAAAGCAGCAUCAGAGGUAAAGAAGCUGUCAUGACAAUGAACAAAUAGAGAAGGAUCUGCUGCAGGAACCAGACAAACAGAUAACACUAUGAUCCCAGAACCGUUUUCACAAAACUGAUGUCACAGUUACGAAUUUCAUGUUAAACAUAGGGAAAUGCAAUUAUAUGACUGACUUUAAAUAUAGUGAAUAGGUUUCAUAUACUUAAUUUUCACUGUCUUUUAUUAAUAAGAGUUUUGAUGACGUGGGUGUGUGCAUGUAUUUUAUUUGUGCCUUAGAUGUUUUUUAAGGUAAAAAUAGGUAAAUAGGGAAUUGCCGAAAAUUGAAGGUAUAUAGCACAAUUCUGAAUCUGUGAAAAUAAUGUUUUUCUAAAAACUGAGAAGAGGUCUUACUGGCAUUGAUAUCUGUAGGUCUAUCUGGCAACUUAUGAGACCAAUCUUUAAUGGGCUGAUACUACAUCGAAAGCAUUACACAAUAUUAAAGCAUUGUAUGUUGUGAUUGAAUUUGUGUGAACUUGUGUAAAAGCAGCUCUAUAUUAUGGGAUAUACCCUCAGUAAAUUAGAUAAUUGUCAAUACUUACAGUAAGUCACUCCUGUAAUGGCAAUUUUACACACAGUUACCUCUUGCUCCAAUUCCAGCAUUUUCAAAACAUUCCAGACAUUUUCAGUAGAUUGAUCGACGUCAAAAUUGCCCCACAAUCACCACAUGCAGGAAACCAAUAUUUUCAACAGGUAAAUAAAGGAUUUACGCAGUGUUUGAUGGUUGCUCAUUAGCUUAGGGGUUCAGACGAAUUAAAAUAACGAUAAGUGAUCGUAUGCAUUGACUGGAUUUAACACCUGAAAAGGCCCUUGCAUUGAAGCGUUGAGUAUAGCGUUAAAUGUCAUGAAAAUAUUGGUUUCAUGUAAAUGUUAGAGGUCAUGGGCCAAUUUGUGAUACUGUCCUGGACAUUCCGAUUAUUAAUUCCACAGACAAUAAAACAUAAAAAAUAUUACUGACUUGUGGGCCCAAGAGAAUGAGAUGUGAGAAUGUGGAGAUUUUGUAGUGGGCUCUUUUACGCCCCCUAGCAACCACACAGUAAAAACAAUUAGCAAAAAUGCCUUAGCGACAACUUACUAUUUUGGUGGCAGGUGUUGCACAGACAAGAAAUACAUUUAGAAUUUCAUUAAAUUGCAGAGGUGUACUGUAGAUAUGUUACAUGUCUAUGAAUUAAAUUCUCUACCAUUAAAUGGCAGUAUAAGUGUAAAUUUAUUUUGUGUGUUUUUAGCAAGACAAACUAUUCGGAUAGCAGGUUUUUGGUUAAAGUGUGUUAUUUCAUUUUGAUAGGGUUUGUGUAAUAGACAGCUUUUCGGCUGGGACUGUUUUUCAUUUGAUCUUAAUUUAUUUUGUUUUAUUUAUUCAUUCAUUUGUGACAGGAACCCAAGUAGUACUAGUGAAGUUACUUUUGCUGGAUACAAUAAAAUGUUCAUCCAUUCUGUAGCAGAGUGUGGCACUAUUUUAAACAAUAGGUCUUUAAUUUUAAUAUACUGUCAUUUCUGACUGCCAAGUCCUAAAACAGUUAUAGCGUGUCAUUGUAGGAUAAAAUGAGCUGUAUUUGGAGACCACAAUGUCUUUGGAGAAGGUUUAUUUUACUCAACACCACUUGAAACACGUCAGCAUCAGAUUUUCUUCAGAAAUAAAAAAUAUUUAC